UUUGCGCCACCGAAGGGCUCAUGAAGCCGCAAUUGUUAACGCGUAUCGACUACAAUCCCGGCAUGCGCGAUUGUUCGGGCGCAUAUGGCGGAGAGCUAUGACUGAGGAUUUGGAUGAAGAGGUUGUGUUCGAGAACUCUCCGCUGUUCCAAUAUUUGCAGGAUCUAGGACACACAGAUUUUGAGGCAUGUUCACCCAUCUCUCAGGCUCAGGAGGAGGAGCUGAAUGCCCAAGAGAGGCUUCUUCCCCGGGACGUCCUCCCCCCUCCCCGAAAUGGUGGUAUUUGGAGGUUGGCUGAGGCUCUGUGGAGUCUGACUCCGUUCCAUCAGGGCAGUGCCCCCCUGCGGCUGGAGCAGCAGCUGGACACUGCAUUUCGUCAGUACUCUCUGCGCUGUGUCUUGUCUCAGGAUGUGCUGCUGCAGGAGGAUGUGGAGCUGAUCGAGCUUUUAGACCCCAGCGCUCUCUCUCUGGGCUCCACUAAUACUGUCUGCCCUAGUGCGACCACAGCUCUGCCUGCGCCAUACUACCUCUCACCACCGUCACUAUGGGAUGUCUCCGUAUUGGUCGGACUGGUGGCCGUCCUCCUUGCUGUUUGGUGUUCUUGUCCUGAGGAUGAUCAAGCCCUGUUGUGGCUGUGUGUGUGUGCAGUGUGUGUUCUGUGUAUGUUUCGUGGUGUGUCUCUGUGGCGUAAGGCAGGGCUGCAGCAGCGUGUUCAAUCUCAAGCCAUCCAGUUGGAAAGUCUGGUGAUGAAUAGUCGAGCGCUGACCAGCCUGGCCCGCAAAUCACUCCGUCUAAUCCAGGAGACUGAGGUCAUCUCUCGCGGAUUCACCCUUUUACUCGACAGGGUGAGUGCGGCCUGUCCCUUUAACAGGGCGGGGCAACUGCGCAGCCAGCAGCUGAUUGGUCUGAGGAAAGCGGCCUAUCAGAGUCUACGCUGCGCCUUCAGAGCCUCCCGGCUUGCUACCUGCAUCAUGCUUAAAUCUUUUCCACUCAAUUCGGAGAUCGACAAUGUCACUAACUACGUCUCCACUGUGCCAAUCAGAGAGCUGGGUCUUGGCCUGGGGGCGGAGCAUCUUUCUGAUGAACAGGCACAGGAGCUGACCAAUGACUACAGCCUGCCUGCCCUGAAGCUGUUGUUUCAGUUGUGGGUGGGUCAGAGUUCGGAGUUUUUCCGCCGAUUGGCUCUGCUUCUGUCCUCGGGGAGGGAGGAGCCAGAGUCCAAGCCCCGCCCACUGGCCUACAACAGCGUGGCUGCCAUUACCAGCUCCCUCCAUCCCACCCUGGCCGGUUGCCUGGGCGACCUACAGCGCAGCUACGACUUUCAUCGUUACUUUGAGACGCAGCAUCAGACAGCGGCCUCAGGUCGGAUGGGACGCGCCAGGCAGAAAUGCAGAGAGCUCAACUCUCUGCACACAUCCGUCCGCAGCCUGCAGCUCCACCUCAAAGCCCUGCUCAGCGAGGUAAUCAUCUUGGAAGAUGAGUUGGAGAAGCUGAUGGUUGCUAAGGAGACAGAGGAGGUGACGUGUGCUGGGUAUCAGGAGUUGCGGGAGCGGCUGCACCUUCUGCAGCCCCACGUGCAGGCCAGCUCUUGCUGCUGGGAUGACAUGACCGCACAGGUUGAGCGCAUGCUGCGCAGGGUCACCGGCUGUCCAGGAAGUGCAGAAACUCCAGAGGAAGCAGCCGGUCCUGCCCCACCUCCUCCUGCCCCCAUCACACACAUACAGGACAGAGACCCCGUCCCAGAGGAACAGGAACUGGAGGCAUAUGUCUCAGACUCUGACUCGGAUACAGAGUGGGGUGGGGCAGUGGACAUGCUGUCGCCAUGGGAGCGCGAGCGCCAGCGGCGUGAGAGGGAGGAAUCGCGCAGAGUCCUGCUGGAGCUCAAAUCCGUCCUGGGGAUCCGAACAUCAGAGGGAGAGAGAGAUAAACGCAAACUGAUGCUGUUCAGCGACCAAGCCGCUUUGGCCCCGGUCACAACAGAGACAUCAGAGCAUCCCGUUAUCCCAGAAACCUCAGUGGUUCCAGACUGCAUGGAGCUCGCAACAGCUGCGGGCAACCACAUAUCUCAGCAGCUGCUGGGAGGAGAGGGAGAGGAGGAGAGGGAAGGAGGACAGACUGAGAAAGACUGCACGGAGGACCGAGAGAAAGACACGGCAACGACAGAAUUCUGCUGCGGUACCGCAGACGUCACCGGGGAAACGGGAACAGAGGAUGAGGGAGGGGGGCGGGAUGCAACGGAAGGAACGCAGUUCUUUCAGUCGGACGGGCUGAUUGAUGAGGAAGGUGCAAGGCCGGAUGGGACACACCCCCUUUCUCCCAGAGUCCCCACUCUCUCAGUGAUUGACAGGCUGACAGAACUGCAUGGCUCAGAAGUGCUUAGUUUAGGCUCCGCCCUCGCUGCCCAAGUAGCUGCUCGCUCACACACCUUCACACACCUGCAGGAGUGCACCUACGGGGACUCAGAAGAGGAGGGGGAGGAGAAGGAGGAGACGUCACAGUUGGAGGAAGUGACACCACAGCCUGAGGAGCAGCGCUGAAGAACUUCAAUUUCCGAACUGUUUUACCACAUAGAGGUUAUUUAUUCCCAUCUACUGUAGAUUUAUUUAUUGAGCUUGAGUUCAGGACAUGGGCAUCAACGGAUGUAGCUGGUGAAUGAGUGAGUUUUAUAUGUUCUUUGUGUGCCUCUGUGUGUGCGCGUGUGUCUGUCUGCUUGUCCUUAAUGUCAUAUAAAUCCAUCAGUCCCACUUUUCUCCCAGUGUCCCUCAGGUACAGGCUAGCACAUACAGACACAUCCUACAGUUGUCAGCAAGCAUGUAUACACACACGCAUACACACCUUAAUGGCAUAAUUUUACGUUCGUACUUCUAACGCUCAUUGUUUGUUUGCUACAUGUCUAGGGGUGUAUAUUGUUGUGAUGGAGCUUGUACAGUGAUUCAUAUUUACAGAAUCACAGAUCAAAUCUUGAAAAAAAAGAACAAACCAUGUCAUUGAUGUGAAGCACCACUCUUAUGGAAGUCCACUGCACGCAAAUUCGUCAUCUGAAAUUUUACCCCAAUUCAUUUUCGGCAUGGUGCGAAAAGUUGAGCUGGCUUCAGCUUUAUGCAAUUUACACGUGCCGUGCUGACCAAUCAGGCAAAAGCAACUUUCCAUUGUCUUUGCACAACAAGGGUGUGCCUAUGUAGUUCUUUCUGAACCAUCUAUCUCAAAUUUGUCAAAUUCAUUUUACCUCAUUUAACACUGAAUUUAGUUUAUGGAGGCCUUGCUCAGCUAAUUCAAAAGAGUGAAUAGAACUAAACAGUUAAUAUGAAACUUGUUUCUGCCCAUUGGUGUGGAAUCUUCCUUUAAUUUUGGAAAGCAGAAGGAGGUAUUCCACUGAAAUAUAAAAAACACCUACCAGUAUCUUUCCGUUUUACUACAGCACUUGUCACCAACCCUCCUCCUGGAGAUCUGCUUUCCUGCAGAGGUCAGUUCCGACCUGCAUCUAACAAUGCUGCCCCCCAUUACCUUACCCUAAUGUUUCUGAUCCAGCCUUUAUUACAGCAAACAGGUUUUGGGCAGUAGGACACUAGCAUUACUGCUGCUGAGUGCUGAUUGGUUGGUGAGCUGUUCAGCUCAUAGGCUGAGUAAAGCGGUUCAGUCUUAUUGACGUCAUGAAUGUACAUGAAUCCCCGUUACGAAAUCCUAUAAAAAUGAUAAGUAAGAAUUUACAAGCUAUGAUUUUGCACAAAAGAUCCAUAGCAACCCAUUCAUUUUGAAGUCUCCCAGGAGCGCCCCCUAGUGUUUGACAAAUCCGGAAGACAUUAUUGCGUGGCAAUUCAUGCAUGGUGUAGCUAACUUAGGGUGCUUAAUCUGCAUAUUUAUAGCCAGGUAGAGUGGGAACAUGUGUCACUAGAAACUUUUGUAAAUAGGCGAAAAAUAAUGUUUUAAAUACACCACACUGUCAUACUUUACAGAAGCAUUUAAUUUAAAAAGGCCUUUUUAGAACGAACUCUACAAGAAUAGUCUAUUGAGAAGAGAAUUUAUUUGAAUUUUUUUGGAUUCCACGACUUCUUGAUUGAGUUCAUUUGUGUCCUACGUUAUAGAGAGAUGCCCUUCAAGCACUGGCGAAGGAUACAGAGGGAGAAUUCCGCACUGCAUGCAGGGGACACGUACCAUUAGGCUGCAUUCAGGUGGCAGGAUGCAGAUUCCAUGGCCUCCACUCAUUCUGCCGUGGCUACCGUUUUUUUUCUGUUGGGAUGUUUGCGGAUUAAGUUGAACAAUUUUCAACUUAAGCGUUCGUCAUUUGUAAUUUUUGACAAAAUAACCAAUCAAAAAAGAGGGUGGGUAAAGCUGAAAUGGAGAGCAAACAUGGGGCUGUACUGUAGGACAGAUUUCAGCUCAAGUAUACUUAUUAAUCCACUAGCAUAUGUGCCAUGCUCUACAUUAUCAUUAAUCUACCAGUAAGGCUUGUUAAAAGACUUUGAGAAAUAGAUCAGUACCCCUCACCAACAUAGCUCGGUGAGUAGCUUACUUUCGUAUCACACUGCUUCCUGGUUGUGGUGUAAAUGCCAUUUGCAAAUGUUGAAUCCUGCUGGACUUUUUCCAUAUUUUGCCACCCAUUAAGAUCCAAACCACUCCUCCUCCACUUUGCAAAAAUAUCCUCUGCCAUCUGAAUGCAGCCUUUUGAAGCAGGAAAAGCUAUCUGACUGCUAAUAGUGCCCACUUGUGGAGAAUUCGGCCUGCUAACCAUGAGUGAGUGAGUCCAUGAGGUGUUUCACAUCUUAUAAUGACUAUUUGAUUUAGGAGCUGCUCCUGUACUGUGCUUCUGAAAGAAAAAUGUCCAUCAUUUAGAGUUGGCCCCUUGGUUCAGCUCUGACCAGUGGCGUGAUCUGGGAUGUCUGUUGGUAUCCCAUCAUCUGGGGUUGCACGGUAUGGACACAAUACCAUAUUAAGAUUAUAUAAGGGGUGGGCAAUAUAGCAAAAAUAUAACAUCAUGAUACUUUGACAUUUUCCUGAUAAUAAGAAUCACAAUAUUUCAUUUUUCUGAGGUUUUCACAGACUGUACUAAAGUAAAUCUUAUUAAACAGGGCUAAUUAUGCUCUCUUUGUAAUGAAACAUGCAGUCAGUGUUCGACAAUAUCCACAAUAUGGCCAAAAAAGCCUACCGUCAUCUAUAAAUAUCGUCAUAUUGCCCACCACUAGACGAUAUAGCUACAUAUUGUAAUAUGCCUUACAAAAUGCAUUGCUGAAUCAUUAAUAUAACAUGGUUAAAGAUUGGCCUGCAUUGUUUUGUCUAAAAUACUUUACUUUUGUAGGAUCACGUUGCCUUGAUUUAUGAAAACUCAUCUGGAAUGUUUGAGAUUGUUCAAGAUGCUCACAGCUCCCAAUAAACAAUUUCGCUUAAAUACUCAUAAAACAGCCUUCUGCAAUAUCAUUAUUGCAAAGGCCCGUAUCUUAAUAACAAUUAGCAAACAAUAUAUUGUGCAGCCCUAUUACAUACAAAUUCAUAUAAAUUAAAUAUGAAAAAGGUGAAUUAUUAACGAUGCUAUACUAUAUAUUUUAUUACAUAGUAUUCAUAUUAUACUAUUUUCCUCUUGCUGGUGAUAUCCUGAACAGACAUGCUGCCUAUAAAACAAUGUAAUGAGGUAUUACAAUAUGAAUAAGCUAAUAAUGAGGUCAGAGACGUCCUUUUGAGUUUUGUUAUUUGAUACAUAUGCUAGACGGGCUGUGGAAAGAUACUGACUUUGAGUUAAGCUCUUUUCUGUGUAGCUGUAUCUUUGUGCUGAGCUUAUUAUUGUCCUAAAUGGGGUUGAAAUUUCUGCCCUCAGUUGAAGCUACUGGCUUUUCAGAAGUGUCCCAGCACAGAGAUCACCAUAAGGUGGUAAGGUGAAUGUAUAUUUUAACAGGAAAUUCCACUUUUUUUUUUUUCUUUUCAAAAUUUCUGGCUGAUUAAAGCAGUCAGAGUGGAUUUGGUGUGAAGUGCUCCCUUCUGGAGAAACUUAUGGAGUCAGAAUUGUUCACAGUGUUGAUGACAGGAACCAGAUGUCCAAAAUGUUUAAUGCUUCUAAAAGUUGCAUAACAAAGUUUUUACAUCAAAAAUUGUAACAAAUAUGGUAUUAUCUGAUGCCUGAGACGUUGUCCUGGGGAUUGUGACCUAAAAUGUUGGGGGUUUUUUGUAUUUUUUUUUAUAUGGUGGAGGCACAUGCAGGGUGAAGGCAAAAAGUACCCAAAGAAAACUUGUUUCUUUUUUUUUUUUAAGAUUGACAACUAAUUUACUAUCACCAGCAUUACUUAUAACAACACAGAAGGUUCACUGUUCUUUUUGGAUAGUAUAUAAAAUGGCUACAUUUGUGUUGUAGACAUUGCGACCCCUGGUUCCUAUCAGCACCACUAUAAAGAAAUGUGAGUCAGUAAGUUUGUCUACAAUACAGCAUUUCACAACAAACCACUCUAAAUGACUUUGCUUAUUUUAAAGGUUUCAUUUUGCAGAAAUUUUGAAAAACAUCUGUGGAAUUCCCGUUUAAUUAUCUGGUUAAAUUGAUCUUAACAGCAGCUUGGACUUAGCACUAUAUUACUACCUCUAUAAAUCCAUUUCCUUUAAAGCCCAUUUCCAAGAUACUUUGGUACUUUGUUACCAUGGUACUUUUUGGAAUGAUAAAGUCCGGACAGCAGAACUGCAAAUGGAUAAACAGUCUGGACGAUGUCAUUUAUGGUUAGUAAUGGUUCAUUAAGGUUCAGGCUAGCUAUAGAGGUAGGUUAUGACUGGUUAAGAUUGGGUGUAGACUUAGGUCAGAGAUAUGCAUCUGAAAGUUUAGUACAAAUUGACCAUCAUUUGUGGUCAGAUAGUUGGAGCGUUACCUUUUGGAACCAUCCUUAACUAUACAUCCUUAGUUUUAGUUUUUUAAAGGGCUCUUAACAGUUGCUCUGGGAUUUCCCUGGUUGUUUGUGUUUUUUCUGUUUUAUUUUCAUCCUGCCGUUUACUUUAAGGUUCAAACUGUUUAAUCCAGGUGUGCUGUUGAUGUGAAUUGGCCAGUUUGAGAAGAACAUGAUGUACAAAUCUUCUGGGGGUGGCACUUUACUUGAAUCCUGCUAUGUCACAUUGACACAUACACACCAUAAAUGUGUGUGGCAGAUGUCAUAUGCUGUCAUGAGUCGUCAUGACAGGUUUUGUUCAGUAAUGUGUCAUGUUUCCAUUAGCCGUAAUUGUCACAUUCUAAUUUUUGCUGUGUAUUGCAUUUAGCCAUCAUGACAUUUAACAGUAUGACAUAACAAUUACGCAGUAAUAAUAAUAAGAGGUGCUAUCAACUGGCUGUAGUGCUAUAUCUUCAGCCUUGUGCCUAUGAUGGCAGCACACCAGUACCAGUAACUCAUCAUAUAGCAUUUUUUGCAUUUUUUUACAAGUUUUGCAUGUGUGUAACACGUUUCAAAGCAGUAUCAGUUGCUCACGGCAGAUUAAAAACAUGGUUCUACUGACAACUGGCAGUGUCCUUAUACAGAGAAGAGGAAGGGUCAAACAGCUCACUUUUGUCCACCUCAUGUUCCUCUUCAUCUGUUUUUGGCUAGUUUAACUGUGUUUUGAAAAAAGGCAGUUUAACUUCAGUAAUUAAAGGGGAAUGCCACCAAUUUUCAAAAUUUCUCAUUAAUUAAAUGGUGAAGAUGUAGACAAAGUCGUUCAGAGUGGUUUGAUGUGAAAUGCUCCAAACUAGAAAAUCUUACUGAGUCAGAAUAAUUCACCGUGGUGGUGAUGGGAACCAG